CAGAGAUCAGAUCGUGUGAGGAGAGUCCCACGGUGUCCUGCUUGAAGUCUGUCACUCUAAAUGCAUUUGGAACUAUUGUCAUCAUCAAAUCAACCCUGAGUGUGUCAGUCAAUGGAAUGGUUACCACAAUGCCGUUGGUCCACCGCCACUUUAUGAUCUUCAAGCCCUCCACAUUCUACAUCAUUGUUCACACCUAUACUGGGCUUCAAGUGGAGAUUCAGCUGACCCCCAUCAUGCAGGUUAACAUCAUAGCCAGCACCGCUUCCAAAUCAAAAACAAGCGGUCUGUGUGGAAACUUUAAUGAUGUCCUGAAUGACGACUUCAAAACCGAGAGUGGGUUGACUGAGGGAAAUGCGGUGACUUUUGCCAACACCUGGAAGGCCCUGUACAGCUGUCCGGAUGUGAAGCAAACCAAUGACGACCCCUGUGACAUGAGUGUGAGCAGAGCCAACUAUGCCAAGGAAUGGUGUUCCCUGCUCACUGCUCCCAAUGGACUUUUCUCCCCCUGUCACUCAGAAAUCAGUCCAAAAUUCUACAAAGACAACUGUAUGUACGACAGCUGCAACUGCCACAAGAGUGAGGACUGCAUGUGCGCGGCUUUGUCCUCCUACGUUCAGGCCUGUUCAGCCAGGGGCAUCCUGUUCCCAGGCUGGAGGAACACCACCUGUGGCAAUGCUACGACCUGUCCCCAGACCAUGGUCUACUCAUACAACACAGUGAGCUGUGAACGGACUUGUUUAUCGCUUAGCAACCAAGAGCCCAGCUGUCGGGUGAAGUUCGGACCAGUGGAUGGUUGUAGCUGUGCACAGGGCACCUACAUGAAUGACAAGGGCGAGUGCGUGUUGGCGACCGCCUGUCCCUGUGUUCACAACAACGAAAUCUUGCAGCCACAAGAAAUCAUCAAGAAGGGUGGGAUUUCUUGCACCUCAACCAACGUUGCUUGUUUGUGUUGUGACGUUCCAAUAUUGCAUAGAUUUUUAACGGCUGUGUUGACUGAGAGAGUGUUAUUUUUAUACAGUACCUGCAGACGUGGAGCACUGCACUGCACUGGACAUUCACAUGAAGAAACCUGCUCAAGUAGUAUGAUCUAUGUGAACUGCACCACCUCCCUGCUGGGAGCAAAGGGUGCAGAGUGUCAGAGAACCUGUCAUACAGGAUACGAUGGCUGUGUUAGCACACAGUGUGCAUCUGGCUGCAUGUGUCCCUCUGGUCGACUGUCUGAUGGGAGAGGUGGGUGCGUGAAGGAAGAGGACUGUCCGUGUGUCCACUACGGUGUCUACUAUCAGCCAGGAGAUACCGUCAAGGACGACUGCAACACAUGCACUUGCAGAAACAGAAAGUGGCAAUGCACAGAUGAAAAAUGCUACAGCACUUGUGCGAUCUAUGGUGAUGGACAUUACGUAACCUUUGACGGGAAACGCUACACAUUCGAUGGAGAAUGUGAUUAUAUACUCACUGAGGAUGCCAGUCGUUCAGAUAACGGCUCAUUCCACAUCAUCACUGAGAAUAUCCGCUGUGGGACAACGGGGACUACGUGCUCCAAAGCUAUUAAGAUCUUUGUUGGGGGAAAUGAGAUUAAACUGUCAGAGGAUGAUACCGAAGUUAUUAAACAAAGCGACCAUUCAGAGCCAUAUCAUAUCCACACCAUCGGGAUAUAUCUGGUGAUCGAGACGAGACGAUUCAUUCUGAUGUGGGAUAAAAAGACAACUCUUAUGAUAAGACUGAGCCCAGAAUUACAGGGCAAGGUCCGUGGCCUUUGUGGAAACUACGACGGCAACGGCAACAAUGAACUCAUCACUAGGGCAGGGGCGGACGUCCUUGAUGUUUUGUCCUUCGGGAACAGCUGGACCUUCUCUGCUAGCUGUCCACAGGCGGUGGAGGUGAAAAACCCAUGCGUCACCAAGCCCCACAGGGAGGCCUGGGCACACAAACAGUGCAGCAUCAUCAAGAGCAAGGUGUUCGGUGACUGCCACCUUCGGGUGGACUCCUCUCAAUACUACGCUGCAUGCGUGAGGGACACGUGUGCCUGUGACAGCGGGGGGGACUGCGAUUGCUUCUGCACAGCCGUGGCGGCCUACGCUGCAGCAUGCAGGGCUAAGGGUGCCUGCGUCUCCUGGAGGAGGCCUCACAUCUGCCGUGAGUGCCCACACCACAAACAAUCACAAUAG